UCUUCCCAUAGCUUGAGUUUUACAGCACACACAUCAGAAACAGCACAAAGGAGAGAAGGAGUCGCUUCUCUCUUUCUUCAUAGAAGCAUGCAAACCCUGAACGAUGUCAUAGUUUCCAUUUCUACCCUUCUCUACUCCCUUAAUUCCCCACUUUUGACUUUUCGCGGUCAUGGCCGUCUCGGACGUCGAAGCAGUGCUAGAUUUCUUGAGGAAAAACGGCUUUUCCGAGGCCGAGUCCGCUCUCAAAGAGGAUAUGAUUGAAAAGGGUGAACUGGGUUCUUUUGAUUUCGAGAAAUUCUUCUUUCCAAUGGUGCCCCCGCCCCCGCCGGUGAGAAUUCCGUCAAGUCUCAGGCGAUCGGAGACUCCGGGUGGCGGGGAAUCUUCUAGGUCCGAGGACGAUGAGUUUGUCAGCUUGGGGUCUUCCACUUCGGAUGUUUGCUCUUCAGGAUUCAUAAACCCAUAUGGAAUUCAGUCAACAUCCCAGGAUAAUUCUGAAGCUUCAUCAGAGAAUUUAUCUCAAUUUGACACAGCACGCGAUUAUCAUGAUUUUGACAUGCAAAAUGACCUGUUUUGGUAUGAUGAGAAAGAUGAUAGUGACUUCAUGACUCCCUGCUUUGAAGGGCCGGACUUCUUUGCCUGUCCAAGUGAAGAUAAGUUUGUCACGACUUCAGAGAACGAGAAGCAACAUGAGAACUCACUGGAUAAGAAAUGUCUUUUUUACCUUGCUCCCCUGAAUGAUGAAAAUGAGGUUCAUGUGGUGGAUUAUUAUCAUUUUGGUAGAAAUUAUAAGCUUGGAGGAGGCAUUCAAGGGGAGACCAAAGGUGUUGCUGCUUAUGGUUGUUCAGACCCCUUUUGUAAAUGCGGUGCAGAAGCUGGAGGAUUUUAUGAUGGGACUCCUGUAGAGCACAACUACCCAAGCUCUAAAGAAACUGAUUUGAAUGAUUGUCAGUUAAAGGUUGCAGAGGAUAUUCCCACUGAUUGUGACUCUGCUGCACAACAUAACAAAAACAAGACUAACUACUGUGCUAAAGGGGGUUCCCCAAAAGACUGGGUUGGAGGGUUUAAAGGUUCCCCUGACUUACAUGUUAAAGUUGCUGAGAAAGAUUUCAUACCAAAUGGAAUUGACAGCUUUGAAUUUGAAGAAGGUGGAAAAGGAAAUGCAGAACCCCACGAAUCUGACGCACCUGCAGAAGGGGAGGAUGUUACUGAUGAGCUUCUUAUGUAUAAUACUCAUGAUGAUGAAUAUGAAUUAUUUGACCUAAAAAUCAUACACAGAAAAAACAGGACUGGAUUCGAAGAAAACAAGGAUCUGCCUAUUGUGCUGAAUACCGUCAUUGCAGGCAGAUAUUAUGUGACAGAGUACCUGGGUUCGGCUGCUUUCAGUAAGGUUGCUCAGGCCCAUGAUCUUCACACAGGAAUGGAUGUUUGCCUGAAGAUCAUUAAAAAUGACAAGGAUUUUUUCGAUCAGAGCUUAGAUGAAAUUAAACUUUUAAAGCUUGUCAACAAGCAUGACCCUGCCGAUGAACGCCACAUUUUACGUCUUUAUGACUUCUUUUAUCAUCAGGAGCAUCUCUUCAUUGUUUGUGAACUCCUCCGGGCAAACUUAUAUGAAUUUCAGAAAUUCAAUCAAGAAUCUGGCGGAGAAACUUAUUUUACUUUGAGCAGAUUGCAGGUCAUAACCCGUCAAUGUUUGGAGGCAUUGGAAUACUUGCAUCACCUGGGAAUUAUUCACUGUGAUCUAAAGCCAGAGAACAUUCUUAUCAAAAGUUACAGAAGAUGUGAGAUAAAGGUUAUUGAUCUAGGAAGCAGUUGCUUUAACACGGACAACUUGUGCCUAUAUGUACAAUCCCGUUCCUAUCGAGCUCCUGAAGUAAUCCUAGGCCUUCCGUAUGACCAAAGGAUUGACAUGUGGUCUCUUGGCUGUAUCUUGGCUGAGCUAUGCUCUGGGGAAGUGCUGUUUCCAAAUGAUUCGGCUGUAAUGAUCCUUGCGCGCAUGACUGGGAUUCUUGGCCCUAUUGAUCUGGACAUGUUGGAGCAGGGGCAGGAGACACACAAGUAUUUCACAAAAGAAUAUGACCUUUAUCACAUAAAUGAGGAGACAGACCAAUUGGAAUACAUAAUCCCUGAGUCAUCCCUGUUGGAGCAUCGCCUGCAGGUUACUGAUUUUGGGUUUAUCGACUUCGUGACAAGCUUGCUUGAGAUCAAUCCAAAGAGGCGUCCCACAGCAGCUGAGGCACUAGAGCACCCAUGGCUCUCCCACUUGUACUAGGCCGCUUCUUGCUGAAAUCUAUGGAGUUCUUGUCGGAUUAUUUAUGUCAGUUUUGGCCUCUUAACCCGGAUUGCGUUUCAGAUUUCAGUUUUGUUUGCGCAUAUGUUGUUACAUGGGCUUUUUUGUACUGUACAUUUAAUUUAUUAAUUCACACAUACGUACUUUUUUGUACAAAGCUUCUGCUCAAUUCUUUUCA